AUGAAUGUUUUUGAACCGCAGAGACAAGACUCCCUGAAAAGGAGGUGGCAGGAGAGGAGGCAGCAACUUGGUGGUGGUGGUGGUGCAAUUACUCUACCUUCUUCUCAUUUGAUCAGAAACCCUAACGGUGCUAGUCUCCACAGCUUCCCGGCACUUCUUGAUGAUGAUCUGGUUUCCACGAUGGUCCCUCCGGUCACCGUCGUCCUUGAAGGCCGUUCUAUCUGCCAGCGCAUUAGUCUCCAGAAGCAUGCAAGUUACCAAAGUCUUGCGAAGGCCCUACGCCAAAUGUUCGUGGAUGGUAGCGAUGUGGGGGCUGUUAAUGACAAGGACCUUGAUCUUUCAAAUGCUGUUCCUGGUCAUGUGAUUGCUUAUGAAGACAUGGAAAAUGAUCUCCUUCUUGCCGGUGACCUUAAUUGGAAGGAUUUUGUACGCGUUGCCAAGAGAAUUCGGAUACUACCAUCCAAGGGAAAUUCAAGGAGGGGAAGAAGGGGUGCAUAG